UAAGGUCCUCGAGCCCACCCCAAGUCUCUCCCAAAGAAGAAGCUGUAGGCAAGAAGCCACUGCUUCCUUUUGAGCUUUCAGUGGCUACUGGACUGUUUCAGUUUGUUAGCACUUUGCAAGUAUGCCUCCACUUCAUGGAUGAGAAAGUGUCCAACAGUAAGCUCCCAACAAGAGAGUCUAGUUGCAGGUUUUUUCUUGCUAUGCAGCCUUUAGUUGCUCUUCUUUCCUAAGAGAAGAUGCUCUUCUGCCAUUGUACUUUUUCUUAAACUCAGUACUGCAUUGACAAGUACACGUUGCCUUGAGGACUUUGUUCUGGGGGACCUGGGGCUGUUCUUAUUAUACAGUUCGUUGUAGAUAAACUUCUUUACAUCUCAGUCUAGCUGUAAAAUGAAGCAGUUUGCUAUUACUUACUCCAGUUAAUAAAUCUAGGGUGCACCAUGCACGAACAGUCUCAGCCAGGUUUCAGUCUUGGGCAGCUGUAUAGUAUAGUAUAUGUAUACAAAUGCAGGCUGGCUGUAGAAAUGAACACUAAAUGUGUUCUCCACUAAAUGAACAAGGGAUUUGGUGCUAAGUGCUAUUUUAAUACUGGUCAGGACAUAUCUACAUAUUUAUAUGUGUAAUUUUUUAUUGAUGUCUUAAUAAAAUUGUUUCUAACUACAGGCACCUGUGUUUUAAGAUUUUGGCCAAUCUGGGAAGUUUAUACACAGAGUUAGCCAAAAGGUGAUGGUAAAAAUUGGGUGUUUUCUAUUCCAGGUCUUAUGAUUAGAUUGCUACAUACUAUGCUUAUUUUCUAAAGAAAAUAAGAAAAAUGUGUGUGUUUUAUUGGAUAGUUCUGUGAGUCUGAAAACUGUGAUAUUUUGCUUUCUAGGCAAGAUUUGGUAGAGCACCUGUAUCUAAAAUGCAAAGAGUCUGUACUUAGAGUUAAUUAUGCAUAAAUCAGAAAAUAACUGGCCUUGAAAAUACCAUGGUGUUAUUUAUACCAGUCAUCCUGGUAUAUCAUCUUAUUAGGAAACAUGCAGUUGUUGAGCAUGAAUACACAUGGGAAUGUAAUAAAUGACUUCUAAGCAUGGUUUUAAACUCAUGUGACCCACUCAGUGGGAGGCAGUUGUGGAGUGUUGCCUAUAAGGAAAAAGGCAGUACAUCCAACUCGGAGCUGUUAUCAGGGCAGCCCAGAUCAUCUCCUCUGCUUUAUCUGUCCUGGCACAGUUCGCUCCAGCUGUGCUGAGCCUUGCGAAAAGCCUGCCUUUUUUAUGCUCUUGGGGCCAGCCCCGCUACCUCACAAAAAAAGCUUUUUACAUAAAGAAGCACUUUGAUAAAAGCUGCUACGCGUGUGAACAAAGCAGGCCUAGGUGUGGUAGGAGUGCUGGAGAGAGCCAAUGUUGGAACUCAUUAUUUUGAGCCUUCAUUUCUUCAUGUGUUUCCUCAUCUCUGUUGUGAUCUGGUGUGGAUCUAAGGACAUGGAUUUGCGCAGCUCAAGCAAAGAAACAGUUGAAAUGGAGCCUGAUGCUCCUGUAUAUGUUGGUAAAGAAGACGACAUAAAAAAGUCCCAAAGAAUAACCACCAAGGUCAAUGACAGAGAAAUUGUCGUUUUCUACCAUGAAGGGAAAUUUUAUGCUAUGGACUCUCGCUGCUACCAUGCAGGAGGUCCUUUACAUCUUGGAGAAAUAGAGGAUAUCAAUGGUCAACCAUGUAUUAUUUGUCCUUGGCAUAAGUAUAAAAUUACUUUGGAAACAGGAGAAGGAUUAUAUCAAGCCAUAAACCCUAUGGAACAAUCACCAACACCACGGUGGCAAUCAAAAGGAGUGAAACAAAGGAUUCAUAAAGUUACUGUAGACAACGGAAACAUUUAUGUGAGUCCCCCAGAUUUGUCUGUAAGCUUUGACUCAGACUAUUAUGCUGACAAGUGCAAAAAUAAUGGUGAUUUUGCUAUGGAAAAAUAAAGCGAAUCGCACGUAGCACAACAAGUGGCGGCCAAGAAGUAGAAUCCUGGUGAAUGUCCCUUUGAAGAAUCAUAAUCAUCAAAUAAAAAUUUAACGUGGCUGUAAAGAUUGUUUCCAGAUGAAAUUCUAAUGCUAAUGUUAUGUUAAAGCAUUGAACAAUGUAGAAAUGAAAAGACAGAAAUAGAAGCUCCUAUCUUCUCAGAACUGACUGACCUUGUGCCAGUGAAGUGUUUUUGCUCUUGCCUUUCAAAAAGACUUAUGUACAGCAGACUGCUUCAUAAUACUUGACAUUUUAGAAAUCUUUCUUUGCUAGAAUUCUUUUAAUUUCAGGAGGCAAAAUAGUAUAGAAUAUUACUGCUUAUAAAACACAUUGAAAAGUUUAAGUUAAAUAGUCUGGUGUAAAGGUUAUAUUUAUAUAUUUAACAGUUUAUACUUACAAUACCUUCUGUAUGUGACAUUGAAAUUUUAAACUUUUUAGAUAUGCAAGUAAUUUCUGAUCUUUAUUAAUCUAAAGAGCCAGGUUUACAAAGAGAAGUACAAUGUGUGAACAUAUUUUAAUGUGCUUCUCUACGCCUGUUUGUAUGUCACUACUUUGGUUCCAUAGAAGUAUGUAUUUUCUUCUUCCUCACUGAACUCCUUUUCGUAGUACAUCAUAUAAUGUCACCAAUACUUGUCAUGCAUAAUUCAUUAUUCCUGAUUCUAUUGUUGGGUAAGAAAGAAGUUGUUGGGUAAAAAAAAAGAUUUGGUAUAUAAUGUAGCGGUUCUUUUUUGUUUGGUUCUUGUGUGUGUUUUUUUUAAACUUAUUUUAAACACAUUAUUAUAUAUUCAUUUAAAAAAAUAUCCUUUCUAUUUAGAUCUAAAGUUUGGUUUCUGCAUGUGAAUUCAUUGUAUAAUAUCAGAUCUGCCCUGAUAAGCCUGCUCCCAGGACAGAGAAACUUUCCCUCUGUUGUCUUGCAUGAUAGGUGGGCUGUGGGCUGAGACGUGGUGGAAUCUCCUACCCAGCCCGUGCAGUCAAGAGUGCCGCUUCCAAGUUCACAGGAGAUAUUCUGUGAAAGCUUAGGAUCAGCCUGGAAUGCUUGACCUGUCUAUCUGUUAACAUGUCUGCAUCAUGACUCCAGUUCUUCAGAAUGGCUUUUUGGUGCUUUGUAGGCUAUUUGCAGAAAUUCUGUUUUAUUCAGGUUCACUUUCAAGCUAACUGGUCUUCAUCUGUGAGUUUCUCUCAUUCAUUCAUUGGAUUGUCUUAAUGUACGUGAAUAGUAAGUAGAUCCAUGUCAGAAUCACUUUUCAUAUAAAUAUAUUUAUAAGUACUGAGGAGUAGAGGAAUAACAAAGGAAAACAUUUGUGCCUGAUUCAUCACAAAAAAGCAAAGCACAUUAUCAAUUUAUGUCACUAUAUGAAGGAUUCAUCAUGUUUAUAUUUAGAUGUCUGCAUCUGAUUAUGUCCCCUUAUAUUGGUUUUGUGGUCAGUAGAGAGAAAUUGGCAACUUUAAGAUUGCCUGUUUCUAAACUUUAAGGUAAAUCUGAUCUAUUUAAGUUGUGUAUUUUAGAACUGCACCAUAGAAAUGCAUUCCUUCUCCUCUCAUUGACCGUUAAAUCAGCUGGUGCUGAGUAGUUCAGAUGUAAAUGCCUGCCUUCUGUCAGAUGAAUCACAUCUUGCUCAUGUGCUAGAAACUGCUGUUGUUUACUGGCCAGUUUUGUGUAUUUUUUUGUGUAUUUUUCUUUCUUACCCUUCUUGCAGCCACAGUGUAGAUGGUAGGAAGGUAAGGAAGGAAGGUGAUGGAGUGGUACGGCUGCUACUGCAUCAUAUAAAAGAAAAAUAUUGUACAGCCCUCCAAUAUACCCUCAUUGAUUAGUAUGAUUGCUACAACAGGGGGGUUCUUCUGCUUGUUUGAGAGUUUUUUUUCUAGCAUAAAGAAACUCUGGAGACAUUAUGGUGACAACAGAUAUUGCAGGUCCGCUCUCUGAUCCAGUGCAGAGUGAAGGAUGCGAAUACUGACGCUAAUUUACCUUUCAAAAGGAAAUUCAGGAAAGCUUUGUUUCUCUAGAGGGUAUACAUUGUAACUUUCUCCAUCUCUCUCCUUUUCAUCACUGCCAUUUUUAGUGUUUUCUCUUAGGGAUUUUUCCUCUUGAACAAUAUUUUUUAUUUUUCAUUUUUCCAAGUAUGGCUUUAAUAAAAGUUGUCUAUUUAAAUUAACAAAGAUACAGUUUAGCGUAAGAAAGUUAUGAUUUUGAGUAAUAUGUUAUUGCCUAUUUGACUUUCAGUAGAAUGCUAGUAGCAGGAAGUUUUACCUCAAAGUUUCAUGUGCAUGUUCAUAUUAGUAGAAUAGUACUCAGUCUUUUGUAGCAUUGAAUUUUCUAGCUAAAAUCCAGUGAAGUGCCUGAUCAUACACUUACUGUUAGCCCUGUGAAAUCAGGGGGACUUCAUGUUCAUGUUUAGGUGCUUCGAUAGGCCACUUCUAUUAAGCAUUUCUCUACUAUAAUAACUGCAUACUAUUUGCAAACUUCUUAAGAGGUUUUGCUUUUACUUUUAAAUACAUUCUUAUUCACAGGGAGAUGGCACUUAUUUAAUUCCUAAAGUUUGUCAAUCAGUUCAUUUUUCCCUCAGUUCUCUUGUUGAUGGUCACAUAAAGAAUAGAGAAUUAUUAACUUAAGUGGUUAUGGACAAAGGAGGGAGAGUUGGCUGACUGUUAAGUUUCUGGUUUUUUGACAGCAGAGAAGAAAACCUGCAGCAUUUUAAGAUUGCUAUGUUUUUAAGAAAAAGUUCCAUUUCAUUUUAUUUGUUUACUAUUGCAUAUUAAAAUAUGCACCUACCUUAAAAAUAUUGUAACCUUUUAGUGUCAGAGUUGGACGUUUCUUUGUCUAACUUCCAUGAUAAAAUUGUGCUCCCAUACAACAGCUGUGUAAAGUACUAAAAAAGUUGUAGCGAGAUGAUGUGGAAAAAAUGCUAGAAGAUAGAUUGUGAUGACUUCUAAUGUAAGAAAUAUAAAUAUUUCACUUGCUUGACAGUUACUCCUUCCAACUUCUUUUCAGAGCAAUGCUUAUGCUUUUCCAGAGUCAGAUACAAGCUAUGUCUCAGUCUGUGGCCCAGGCCAGCUCCAUAGUAUUAUAUGGCACUUCCAGAAGUGCAUGGGUUAGGUAUUUUACAGUUGGCAGCUUAUCUCCAGAUUUGCUUAUAUCACUUUUGCUAGAAAAGACCAAUUUCUGCAUGCUGUCUUUUGUCUUGCCAACCUAUUUUUUAGGUACAAUUCAGACAUCUUCAUACUAAGCAAUAUACUCCAGAACUUGGGAAUGUUUGGUGAUGUAUAUGCUUAUGUUCAAUUCCUAGUUAAAUAUACUGAAAUAUUAGGCGAAUAAAUGGAAAAGACUGAGGUUAGCUUGAGAAGGGAACCAGCUUGAUAAGAAUGGGUGGAGAGAGAAUACCAAGGGAGCUAGGAUGUGAUGAGGGAGCUGAGACUGGCAGAAGUAGGAUGAGGAACUGAGACCAAGUGCAAAGAAGUUAGGAGUAUCAGAACAGGUAUUCAGUUGGCAGGUAAAAUAGAGAAGGUGAUUGGAAGUCAUGGGGGAAAGGAAACUUCAGGAAAAACAGAAAAUGCAGCAAAAGAUACUUCAAGAACGAGGAGACUGAAAAGGAUGGGGCAUCUAGGACUGAGGAAACACUGGUAGCAGUAAAGGAAGAUUGGGACACAGCUGUUUGAAGGGAGAGACUAACACCUGAAUAAGGACAUGAGGUGUAGUUAAGCUAAGGGAGUGGGACCAAGAUGAUGUUUAAGGGACAGUGAAGAGAUGGAAGGAAUAAUAGUUGUAGGCAAGAGACCAGGAAGUCAUUGGCUGCAUAAUUUAAGCUUCCUGGAGAGAUGUGUUAAUGCGGAAUUGCAAAAGCUACCCUCCAGAUCAUUCAGGAGAACUGUUUUGUUGGUGAUAGUUUUGGGGGUUUAGUUUAGUUUUGACAAAUGUGCAAACACCAUCUGUUUUCCCAUCAUUAAUCAGCCUAGCAAAGAACAGAGAAACGUAUUUUAUGCUUUGGCUUGAAAAUUUUCAUGAUGACUCUGCAAGCUCUGUAAGCUGCUUCUAAAAGCAGCUUGAACAGAAUAAACAACAGUUAUAUUUAUCCUAUCAUGAAGCCAUCUUUCUGAAAAAGCAAGAUAAAACCUAAGACUGCUGUGGUUUGAACUGCAGUUUGAGCCUCGACCUGAGGUUGCUGUACCAUAAACAUUAAUUAGACAUUGUUAAUCAUAGGGCUGGAUGCUGUAAGUUUUCCUUGCUGCAUGUAAUACGUUGUUCUGCAAUGUCCCAUUGACUUCAUUGGUGCUGUACUCGAAAUAAGGUGCUUCAAGGGCUAGUAAAGUCAGGUCCAGAAUUGCAGGAUAUGAAGCACAUAUUAUAUUGGUGAGAGCCAGUCUUUGCCAGAUAGGAGAUCCCAUGAAGCAAGGAAAAAUGUCUAGUCUGUAGGUAAAUAGUUUUCAAACCAAACACUUAUUGUCAAAGUAUUAAACCUUCUCAGAAGCAUUGUACCAUUCCUUAUUUUCACAUUUAAUUUUGAAAUUAAAUAAACCCUGAAGUUUAUAUCUGUUCUUUUUUGAUAUGAUUAAGGAAAGUAAUUCAUGUUGUUACUUCUGCUGGUCAUGCAAAUGUUGGUUUAGGGUGCAGGACUUCACCAGUUCUCUAAGCAUCCCAUUAGUCUGCCCACUUAACUAACUUUUUAAAGGUUACUGGAGGAAGUAAGAGUUGGGGAAUGGAAGCAAUAUUGCUGAAGAGGUGCUAGAGCCCUCUUCUUGUGUGGGAAGAGGGGAUAUGAGUGCAGAGAUUCCCUUCUACUUGCAGUUUUGUAGGACAGUCAAGCUGCAGCUCUGAGACGGCCUAGGCUGGUCUAAAUGGUAGGUGCUUUCCCCUCCUCAGCUGCGUGUACCCACCUCCCUCCCCUCGGUUGCUCCGGUGCUUGCAGUCUCCUUCACUGAUCCAUUUCACCACGCCAACCCUGCAGAGAAGUAUUCACUUUCUUAGCUGAGCAAAGGGUUCACUCAACACUGGAGUCGGCGUAAGGGUGAGUAUAGGAGCCCGUGGCCGGUGGCAAAGAAGUGGGCCUGAGUAGCCAGCAGGGCAAGGUCUCUGAUCUCAGCAUGAGGUGACCAGGCGUAUUCACCACCUUCCACCUCCCCCAGGUCCUUAGCUGUGGUACUCGUGGGAUCUGUCCUCCAGCAAAAAAUAGCAGGUAGUUUUCUGUUGGGUCAGUGAAUUCAGUCAGAUCAGUGAAUGGUUGAACGAGGGUCAGAAAGAGCACAGUGUGAGUAGUGAGGGAAUAGGGAAGGAGGAGCAUGUGUGGAGUAAGGGAGUGUGAUCUGUUAGAUCAGUUCUGUGUAACUUCACCCAAUGAGUAUUGUUUCCUGUAGGUUUUACUCAUGCAAACCUAUUAAGUGGAAUUGCUCACUUGAACAAAGAUUAAACAGAGUUUUAAAUUACUAAACUGUGCUAAAGAUGGUGAAGUUGACAGUUUUACUUGUAGUAACACAAACUGAGAAAUGGAAUAUUGUUAGAAAAUCUAACUAUUUUCCUACAUUACUUACAAAGAAUGUCCGGAAAGGUCUUCAUUAGUGUUCAAAGACCCUCUCUCACCUGAACCUUAUAGAGAGGGCACUUUGGCGUGCAAAUAUUUUUCAGAAGGUAACCAGAUAUGGUAUUUAGCCCUGCAAAUUUUUGUAGCAGUUCUGGUUGCAAGAAUUUGACAACAAAUUUUGAAGAUGCAGAUAUUCUGCUUAGCCCAUUAAUGACUCUUACUGUGUGAGAUGAAGAGAGUGCCCUGACAGGCACUGGCUGUGAUGCUUGAACAAUGGGAUUGUUCUGAUGAAAGACAUGCUUGAGAAAUAUGGUUUAUUAUUGCAAACUCUAGUAAUUAAAGCAUGAAAGCCUAUGGAGGAAAGACUAUUCCAGAAAUAAUUAUCUUAUAUGAAAGUUAUGGUAAAAUGUGUGUUAUUUUAUUAAAAAAAUUAGUUGUGAUUAAUUUAACCAUCAA